UGUGUAGAUUCUGGCAUGGAAGGUGGUGCACACCCGGAAGAUGAGAGAGAGUCUCAAGAACAGGCUCAUCCAGGAAGUCACCCUCCUGAGGGAGCUCGACCACCCAAAUAUUGUGCAGUACAUUGAUCACUUCAUAGAGAAGAAGGUUAAUCUUGUGAUGGAGUACUGCGAGGGUGGUGAUCUGGCCAGCCUCAUCAAGUGCUGCAUCAAAAAAGGCUUGUUCCUCCCUGAGAAAUUAAUUCUUCAGGUUUUGGAGCAACUCGCCUCGGCCCUGGAACACUGCCACAGACGCCCGGAUGGCAGUGUUGUUCUCCAUCAGGACAUAAAGCCAGCUAAUGUUUUUGUCGAUGCCGACUUAAAUGUUAAGCUGGGUGAUUUUGGGCUGGCAGACAUCCUCCCCACUCGGAACGACUACAUCAAAACGCAGUCUGGGUGUUGUGUGGGCCGCUGA